AUGCACCAGCACUUUUAUUUCAGCAGCUUCGCAAAACUUCAAGGUCUCAUACCAAACAUUGCAGACGAAGAUGUGUGUGUAGGCCAUGCAGUUGUUAGCACAGACGAUGCAGGUGUUUGCGCUGACAGGUUAAGCUUGCACCUCUGGGCUUUCGUACUUCCAGGCUGUGUGGGAAAUCCAGAUGGAUCAGACCACCGUGGGGACGUCGCUGUGACAAUAAGCGGGAAGACCUGUCAGCGUUGGGACGCCGAAAAACCCCACCAACACACCCUCUGGCUGGAAUUCUUUCCUGAGCUGACAGAGAACUACUGCCGCAAUCCCAGUCCCGAGAGCAAAUACAGCGUGUGGUGCUACACCACGGACCCUAGCACCGUGUGGGAGUACUGCAUCAACCCUGCGUGCCCAAUGGGAAAAAGAGGCUGUCUACAGGCCCAGGUGAAAGACCGUGUGAAGUGUGGACAUGAGAACAUGAGUAAACUGGAAUGUGAGGAGAAGGGAUGCUGCUAUGACACGUCUGAUUUUGAUGCUCCCUGGUGCUUCUUUGGGACAGACAAGUGAAUUGUCCCAGUUUUGUAAUGACAAGGCCACACCAAUUUAAUUUGUUGGUUCUUGGA